CUCACUUCAAGGCCCGGGCGGACUGAAGACUAGGGGCCUACUUGGGACUUCCGCUUGACUGCUCACGAUGCUUGUGCUAUAUGAAACCGCUCUGGGCUUCUGUCUUUUCAAGCUCACCGACUCGGCCAAGCUCACCAGCCCCGACCUAUGGGAAGAAUUCGAAACUCCGGAGCGGGCAAACAAGCUCUUGAAGCUCAAGGGCUUGCACCGGUUCACCUCGACCGCGACGGCGGUAGAGGAAAUCACCGCGAUCCAAGAGGGUAAACUCGGGAAGGGCCUGAAGAAAUUCUUGUCGGACGAGAUUGUAGAGAAGGGAAAGGGCAAGGAGCAACUUGCCGUCGUGGAUCCCAAGCUUGGCAGCGCGAUCAGCAAGAAGCUCGGUCUCAAGGUCGUCGCGGACAAGGAGUAUCAGGACCUGUUUCGUGGUAUUCGGGAGCAGCUUGCUUCGCUACUUGAUGGUCUGGACCCUAAGGAUCUCGCUACCAUGAGCCUAGGUCUUAGCCAUUCAUUAUCACGGUUUAAGCUCAAGUUCUCCCCCGACAAGGUCGACACCAUGGUAGUACAGGCGAUAGCUCUGCUGGAUGACUUGGACAAAGAGAUCAACAUUUACGCCAUGCGAGUAAAGGAAUGGUAUGGCUGGCAUUUCCCCGAACUCGCUAAAAUCCUCACGGACAACCUCGCCUACGCGAAAGUCAUCAAAGCCAUGGGCUUCCGCACGAACGCCAUCAACACUGACUUCUCCAAAAUCCUGCCUGAGGACCUCGAAGCCACGAUCAAAGCUGCCGCUGAAAUCUCCAUGGGCACCGAGAUCUCGGACUCGGACAUUGACCACAUUCACGCACUCUGCGACCAGGUCAUCGAGAUAUCCGCCUACCGCACCCAGCUCGCGGAGUACCUCCGCAACCGCAUGAACGCCAUUGCGCCCAAUCUCACCGCGCUCGUCGGCGAACUCGUCGGCGCGCGAUUGAUCAGCCAUGCCGGCAGCCUGCUCAACCUCGCGAAGCACCCCGCCAGUACGGUGCAGAUCCUCGGCGCGGAGAAGGCUCUUUUCCGCGCGCUCAAGACCAAGCACGAUACGCCCAAGUACGGUCUGAUCUAUCACGCAUCGCUCAUCGGCCAAGCACCCCCCAAGCUGAAGGGCAAGAUGGCUCGUAUGGUCGCCACCAAGGCGGCGCUUUCCAUCCGCGUGGACGCGCUCACGGACGCAGAGGGCAAAUCCGAGCCGGACGCACCCACGAUCGGGCUCGAGAACCGGGCCAAGCUCGAGUCGCGCCUGCGCGCGCUCGAGCACCAGGCGGACGCCGGCGGCGUGCGGCAGUUUGCGAACGGGCCGAAGAAGACGGCUAAGUUCGAGAUGAAGGGCGAGGCGAAGACGUACAACACUGCGGCGGACUUCGUGCCGACGCAGAGGGAGGGCGAGGGCGAGACACCGGUGGAGAAGGCGGUGAAAGCGGUGUUGGACGUGAAGGAGGAGAAGCGGCGGGCGAAGGAGGAGCGUAAAGCGAAGAAGCGGGCUGAAAAGGAGAAAGGGAAAGCGAAGGAGGACGGGGAGGCAAGCGAUGACGAGAAUGCGAUGGAGGUGGACGGGGAGGAGAGCAAGAAGGAGAAGAAGAGGAAACGGAGGGAAAGCGAGAAGCCUCCAGCUGCUGACGUUUCGAUGGAGCUUGAAGAGACCGAGGAGCAGCGCAAGGCACGGAAGAAGGCAAAGAAGGCGGAAAAGGCUGCCGCUACUAGCAAAGCAGAUGGGGCGAACGGCGACUCGCCCGAGAAAAAGAAAAAGAAGCGCAAGUCGGAGGUGUCAUAACCCCGCUGUGUUUUGUGCUUUCUCUCAGUUAGCCGGGUUUAUGUUGAUCGCCAAAACAAUGGUUCAUUGGCUUAACUGGCUCUGCUAGCAUUUUACCUCGUUGUAUUGAUCUGUAUAUACUGUGCUUUUCCGUAAUAUUGCUGUCCAUUACGUAGACCAGGCUCAGCGCCUCUUCCAUAAGGUGCGAUGAAAAUAAUCGGUGUACGAAACGUAAGCUCAGGGUAUAACGAUCAAGCUUCCGUACCCUUCGUACCGGUCUUGAGGAAAGACUGGUAUAGCGCUUCGCAUUUGUCCACUAACUCGCUGCUAUGCGUUCUAUGCUUCUCGUAUUGCUGAACAACGGUGAGCCCAACGUGCUCGUGGCCCCACCGGUCCGUUUCCGAGCCGAAGCGCACAGGCAGCAGUGGAUUUUUGGUGACGUCGUUCUUCGCAGGCCGCAGCACGGAAGGCGAGAACGGUUUUUCCGUCGUUUCCGAAGGAGAGGAGGAGGAAAAGGCGGAUAUGUAGAGGGGAAUGACAGACAACGGUACGAGACACAUGUGUACUCCAGCAACAGCGGACUUGUAAGCUGUGAUUGUGUGGUGCGGGGAUCCGAGCGCACGAGCGAUGUAAAAGGCAACCACCUUCAACAUAUCGAGGAAUGCGCCAAUCAGUGCGUUAGCGAAGUUGGUCGAGACCACGCCGGGUUGUACGAGCACAUGCCGUAUUCGCGGCACGCUGUCCCCGUUUGCGCUAUCUUCCCGUGACCGCCUAUCCAGCACAGAGGCGAUCAAGUCAAUCUGGUAUUUGGAGCAUUCGUAAGAAUAGCUGGUCCGGAGAAGUUGCCAGUCGCCCGGGUACUCCGCAUAGUGGUACGGGGAAGCUUCAAUUGAUGUCGUCCACAACACACGAGCUGGUCCUACAUCUUUCUUGGGGAUCCGAGAGAGAAGGGGUUGCAAGGUUCGAUAGAGAACAUAGUGGCCAAACACGUUGCAUUGCCAGACCCAGCCCAAACCGUCCGGGCUCAUCUCACCCGCAUGCUGGUAGUUGUACUCGGGUGAAGUGACGGCCAUCAUGGGGGAGCGGGUGAUCUGAAGGCAGGCUUUCACGGGAUCCAUUCCUUUGUAGCUUGCAAUGCCAGCGUUGCAUAUGAGGUGCGAGACAUAAGAGUACUUGUGGCCAACUUCUUCGCCGAAGUGCAGGAUGCUCUGAAUAGAGGCCAUGUCGACAUAAUGGAUCUCUAUCCGCAAGUUUGUGCGGAAUCGGUCUGCGUGAUCGUCGUACGACCCUCGCUGCUUUCGACGCGUCAACUCGGUAUCGAGUAGCUUGUACAGUUGUUCCCGUGCGGCUUCGGCGCGCUUGACGCUUCUGCAGGCCAAUAUCAACGUGAGCGCUUCGCAUGGAAGCACUGGCGCGUCAUUUUCGUGUUCUUGCGAGGUAACUAGGUCGACUUGAGGUUUGGCGUCGGGUGG